UCCUCCGUCUCCGCGACCCUCCUCCUCCUCCUCCUCCUCCACUCCCCCAUGGCGAUGGCGACCUCUCACUUGCCCGACUAAACCCGCUCACGCAAGCACACGCACCCAGAACACCCCACCACCAAAGCCAAUAAGAUAAUCAAGCAAGCGAGGCGCGCCAUGGACCCGGGCCGGAUCCUGUUCGACCAGCUCGCCGGCGACGCGGUGAAGGAGCUGCUGCGCGCGGUGACAGGCACCUUCCUCUGCCGCUCCACGGCCGAGCGCCUGCGCCGCACCGUCGAGCCGCUCCUGCCCCUCGUGCAGCAGCCGCAGCAUGGCGCGCUCCGCAGCAGCGCGGAGCUCGGCGACCUCGCCGCGCGGCUCCGGGAGGCGCUCGACCUGGCGCGCCGCGCCGCCGCCUCCCCGCGCUGGAACGUGUACCGCGCCGCGCAGCUCGCGCGCCGCAUGGAGGCCGCCGACCAGGGCAUCGCGCGCUGGCUGGCGCGCCACGCCACCGUCAGCGUCCUCGACGGCGUGCGCCGGCUCCGCGACGAGGCCGACGCGCGCAUCGGCCGCCUCGAGCGCCGCGUCGAGGAGGUCUCCGCCGCCAUGCAGGCGCCCCCUCCCGGGAUCCCGCCAGCCAUGUCCCUCCCCGUCGCGCUGCCGCCGUCCAAGGGCGUGCCGAUGGCCAUGGAGGUCGCGCCGCCGGCCAAGGGCAUGGAGGUCGCGACGCCGGCCAAGGGCGGCAUGUGCACGCCCAUGGAUCUUGAGAUCCCGGAGGAGGAAUUCGACAAAAAAGGCGGCGACUUGCUCGGAAGCGGCAUCAAGGUAGGCAAAGACAAGGUGAAGGAGAUGGUCAUGGGCGGCGGCCCCGGCUGGGAGGUCGUCGGCAUCUGCGGCAUGGGCGGCAGCGGCAAGACCACGCUCGCCAUGGAGAUCUACAAGGAUCAAAAGGUCCAAGGCUACUUCAACAAUAGGAUCUUCUUCGAGACGGUCUCGCAAUCCGCGAAUUUGGAAACCAUCAAGAUGAAGCUGUGGGAGCAGAUCAGCAGCAACAUCGUGCUUGGUGCAUAUAACCAGAUCCCGGAAUGGCAGCUCAAGUUAGGACCAAGGGACAAAGGACCAGUCCUUGUUAUACUUGAUGAUGUGUGGUCUCUCUCGCAGCUCGAGGAGCUCGUGUUCAAGUUCCCUGGCUGCAAGACUCUUGUCAUAUCAAGGUUGAAGUUCCCUACGCUAGUUAAACGGACCUAUGAAAUGAAAUUACUCGGCGAAGAGGAAGCUCUAUCUGUCUUCUGCACUGCUGCCUUCGAUCAGGAGUGUAUUCCUCAGACUGCUGACAAGAAGCUGGUUAAGCAGGUAGCUGCUGAGUGCAGAGGGCUUCCGCUAGCUCUGAAGGUUAUCGGUGCAUCCUUGCGUGAUCAGCCCCCUAUGAUAUGGCUGAGCGCGAAGAACCGCUUGUCACGAGGAGAGUCUAUUUCCGACUCGCAUGAGACCAAACUCCUCGAGAGAAUGGCGGCAAGCGUUGAGUGCUUGUCAGGAAAGGUUAGAGAAUGUUUCCUUGAUCUGGGUUGCUUCCCAGAGGAUAAGAAGAUCCCUCUUGAUGUGUUGAUCAACAUUUGGAUGGAGAUACAUGAUCUUGAUGAGCCAGAUGCUUUCGCCAUUCUAAUGGAGCUGUCGAACAAGAACCUGCUUACCUUAGUUAAUGAUGCACAGAAUAAAGCUGGAGAUUUAUACAGUAACUAUCAUGACUACUCAGUGACGCAACAUGACGUGUUGCGGGAUCUGGCAAUUUACAUGAGCGGCCGUGAUUCUCUGAACAAACGGGGGCGGUUAGUAAUGCCAAGAAGAGAAGAAUCACUUCCCAGAGAUUGGCAGAGGAAUAAGGACAUUCCCUUUGAAGCUCAGAUAGUUUCCAUUCAUACAGGUGAGAUGAAAGAAUCUGACUGGUUCCAGAUGAGCUUCCCCAAGGCAGAAGUUCUUAUCCUCAACUUCGCCUCAAGUGUGUACUACCUCCCACCGUUCAUUGCAACUAUGCAGAACCUGAAGGCCCUGGUGCUAAUCAACUAUGGUACUACCAGUGCGGCCCUUGACAACUUAUCCGCCUUCACCAUGCUCAGUGACCUGCGGAGCCUCUGGCUAGAGAAGAUCACACUCCCACCACUGCCAAAAAGCACAAUCCCGUUGAAGAGCCUGCGCAAGAUCUCUCUGGUGCUAUGUGAGUUAAACAACAGUCUAAGAGGGUCAACGAUGGACCUCUCGAUGACAUUCCCGUGCCUAUCCAACCUCACCAUCGACCACUGUGUCGAUCUAAAGCAGUUGCCACCUAGUAUAUGUGAGAUCAGUUCGCUGGAUAGCAUCUCCAUCUCAAACUGCCACGACCUCACCGAGCUGCCGUACGAGCUGGGCAAGCUGCACUGCCUUAGCAUCCUGCGCGUGUACGCCUGCCCGGCGCUGUGGAAACUCCCGCCGUCGGUGUGCAGCCUGAAGAGGCUGAAGUACCUCGACAUAUCGCAGUGCAUCAACCUGACGGACCUCCCGGAGGAGCUCGGCCACCUGACUAACCUGGAGAAGAUCGACAUGAGGGAGUGCUCGCGGCUCAGGAGCCUCCCGAGGUCCUCCUCCUCACUUAAGUCCCUCGGCCACGUCGUGUGCGACGAGGAGACGGCGAUGCUUUGGAGAGAGGCCGAGCAGGUCAUCCCAGACCUCCGCGUGCAGGUAGCAGAAGAGUGUUAUAAUCUGGACUGGCUUGUAGACUGAUGUAUGUCCUGGAUGCUUUGGCUCCAGACUCACCGUGUACAGUUGACUAUGUGUAUAUGCUUCCCUGUUUAAUGCAGGAUGGGUAGUCAAAUACACUGUUCAAUUUUGACA